AUGACAACAAUUAGAACCUUCCUAGCUGUGGCAGUUGCAAAAGGAUGGGACAUCCAACAAUUAGACAUCAAUAAUGCAUUUUUGCAUGGAGAUCUAGAUGAGGAAUCCACAGCAGAUCCAUCUCUGUUUACCAAAGCAUCAGACACUUCAUUUAUGGCUCUUCUCAUCUAUGUAGAUGACAUAUUGGUUGCAGGGACAGACUCAUCACAGAUUGAUAGAUUGAAACAGUUCUUGGAUAAGACAUUCAAGAUCAAAGAUCUUGGACAUCUGAAUUACUUUCUGGGGAUUGAAGCAUUCAGAUCUACUAAUGGUCUCAACAUUUGCCAAAGAAAAUACACCUUAGAAAUCCUAAAGGAGUAUGGCUUCAUGGAUGCUAAACCUGCAAAGACUCCCAUUACUGCAGGCCAGAAACUCAGUUCUCUUGAGGGAACACCACUUGAUAAGCCAGAAGUUUAUAGAACACUGGUUGGGAAGCUGUUAUACUUGACAAACACCAGACCUGAAAUCACAUAUGCAGUUCAGCAGUUAAGCCAGUAUGUUGACAAGCCUAGAAACACUCAUCUUAUGGCUGCUCACAGAGUGUUGAGGUACUUGAAAGGGUCUCCUAGAAAAGGGAUGUUUUAUCCAGCAAACUCUCAAAUAAAGCUACAAGGGUUCUCUGAUUCUGAUUGGGCUACUUGUGCAGAAACCAGAAAGUCUGUUACAGGCUAUUCCAUUUAUCUUGGCAAGUCCUUAAUCUCUUGGAAGACAAAGAAACAAGCUACUGUCUCUAGAUCAUCUUCUGAAGCUGAGUAUAGGGCCCUAGCAUCCACUGUUUGUGAGGUCCAAUGGCUCUUAUAUUUGCUUGCAGAUCUGAAAGUCAAGCCUAACAGCCCCGCUACUCUAUUUUGUGAUAACAAAUCUGCAAUUGCUAUUGGGGAGAAUCAUGUCUUUCAUGAAAUAACUAAACAUAUUGAGAUAGAUUGUCAUGUUGUUAAGCAGAAAGUGUAUGAAGGGAUUAUAAAGCUAAUGUCAGUUCCUUCACAAAAACAGCUUGCUGAUGGCUUCACCAAGGCACUGCCAAUAUUGCUUGUUCCGUCCAUCCACGGUAGAGUGACUCAGAACUUGUUUACGUCUUUGAUUGAAAAGUGGACACAAUUCUGCUUGAAGGAUCUAAUCUUUGGAAAGGAAUUUGCGAUGCCAAACCCAAUUAUGCUUGAAGGGGUUCGGAGAAGCGAUGGAGUGAAUGAUAAUAUCUUCUGGAGCCCGGAGAGCAAUGGGCGCUUUUCCGUUUCAUCUGCUUGUGGAGAGUUGGAGUGCGAUUUGGAGACUGAAGGUCCCCAAUAG